AUGGUGAAGAUUUGCUGCAUUGGAGCAGGGUAUGUUGGGGGUCCAACAAUGGCAGUGAUAGCACUCAAGUGUCCUUCCAUUGAAGUGGCAGUUGUUGAUAUCUCUGUGUCUCGGAUUAACGCCUGGAACAGUGAUCAGCUUCCCAUCUAUGAGCCAGGCCUCGACGAUGUGGUGAAGCAGUGCCGAGGGAAGAACCUGUUCUUUAGCACGGAGGUGGAGAAACAUGUAUCUGAGGCUGAUAUUGUCUUUGUUUCUGUCAACACCCCAACCAAGACUCGAGGUCUUGGAGCAGGAAAAGCUGCAGAUCUGACAUAUUGGGAGAGUGCUGCCCGCAUGAUUGCGGAUGUCAAAGGAAUUAACUUCCAAAUUCUCUCAAAUCCUGAAUUUCUUGCUGAAGGGACUGCAAUCCCAGAUCUCUUUAAUCCUGACAGAGUCCUCAUUGGAGGCAGGGAGACUCCAGAAGGGCAGAAGGCAAUCGAAGCACUGAAAGAUGUUUAUUCCCACUGGGUCCCUGAAGAACGAAUCCUCUGCACUAAUUUAUGGUCUGCAGAGCUCUCAAAGCUUGCUGCCAAUGCCUUCUUGGCACAAAGGAUCUCAUCAGUUAAUGCCAUGUCAGCUCUCUGUGAGGCCACUGGGGCAGAUGUUACCGAGGUGUCAUAUGCUGUUGGUAAGGACACAAGGAUUGGUCCCAAGUUCCUGAAUGCUAGUGUUGGUUUUGGUGGGUCUUGCUUCCAGAAGGACAUUCUGAAUCUGGUUUACAUCUGCGAAUGUAAUGGCCUCCCAGAGGUGGCAGAAUACUGGAAGCAAGUCAUCAAGAUCAAUGACUACCAGAAAAGUCGUUUUGUUAACCGCAUUGUUUCCUCUAUGUUCAACACCGUUUCAAACAAGAAAGUAGCCAUCCUAGGAUUUGCCUUUAAGAAGGAUACAGGUGAUACCCGAGAGACCCCGGCCAUUGAUGUUUGCAAGGGGCUCUUGGGUGACAAUGCACGGGUGAGCAUAUAUGAUCCACAAGUCACUGAGGACCAGAUUCAGAGGGACCUUACAAUGAACAAGUUUGACUGGGACCACCCCCUUCACCUCCAGCCAAUGAGUCCUACCGCCGUCAAGCAAGUGAGUGUUGUUUGGGAUGCCUACACGGCAACAAAGGAUGCCCAUGGUGUUUGCAUUCUCACCGAGUGGGAUGAGUUCAAGACUCUUGAUUACCAGAGGAUAUAUGAUAACAUGCAAAAACCAGCUUUCAUAUUUGAUGGUAGGAACAUUGUGAACGUGGAUAAGCUGAGGGAGAUUGGUUUCAUUGUGUACUCAAUUGGCAAGCCGCUGGAUGCCUGGCUAAAGGACAUGCCUGCCGUGGCAUAAAGGCAAUGCUUCCAUCGAGUCACUUGUGUUGGAACAGAAGAACAAUAGUCACAAGGCAGUCAAUUGGAUUCGAUUUUUCUUACUUUUCCCUGUUAGUCAGACAAUAAUUGAUGUUACCAUCUGGGGUAAGGUUUAUGUUUUCCAUUUGCAUUGAAUUGAUGAUACCACGUGUUGUCUGUUACUUGUUUUGUUAGAGGACCUGAUUCAUUUUUGUUGGUUGAUGAAAACGCUCAUUAUAGUAAGUAUUCUAUUUGAUCUCUCUGGCAAGUGUCGAGUUUGGUGUGGGAUUUUUAACCUUGUUUAUUAUGUAUCUUUUCAAUAGCUGCAGGCCAGACGACUAUAAUUCCUUAAAAAUUAAAAUGUUUG